AUGAAGGCUAAUUGCGAAAUAUGGGGAGUAAAUAUAGUAUGCAUACAGGAACCAUAUUGGAAAUGCGAAGCAUGGAAGGGCUGGAUAGUUAUGAAUGAAGGAAAAGAUGCAAAAGUAAGAAUAUGGGUUAAAGAAGGACUUAAAGUAAUAGAAAGAACAGAGUACAAAAGCAAUAACACCGUGGGGUACAUUAAAGGGGAAGGGAAGAAUGAGUUUUUACUAGUUAAUAUAUACGAUGAACCCGGAGGAAAAAGGAAUAAUAGAUUAGAAACCAUCAUGCAACAAAUAGACAACGAUAUAAAGAAAAAACCAAUCUGCGGAGACCUCAAUGCAAAAUGUGUAGCAUGGGGGGGACAUCACGGAGGAGAGAGGACUGUUAUAGACUGGUGCGGGAGUGUGGAGACAAGAAACCAUGUAUGGUACGAGUGUGAUCGACUGGAUAGAAGGGAAGCCAGAGAAAGACUAAGAAGGGACGAGGGAGGGCUAAGGGUAGUGUUGAGGGACAACAAUGGGGUAAAGAAAGGGGACACUGAAAAAAUCAAUCAGUUCGCGUAUGGGACGAUCUAA